CUCAGCUCAGAGCACUGUAACAUUAACCAAUGAGACGAUAUUUUUAAUGAGCCGCCUGUGGCCAGCACUGUGCUACACGCAAAUAAACCCCCCCCAAAACCAAAGACAAGACCCAGUCCCUGACUGCAAGGGGCUUUUCAUCCCGCAUGUGAUAGGGAACAGUAAAAACGAGGAAAAAGAUGCAGAAAUAUUUCCAAUACGUCACGCCAGCUCUCCCUCCCCGGCGGACACUCAUGAAGCGGGCCGCGCAGACCUCAGGACCUCUCCUCCUCCGGGAGCCGCCCCUCCGCCCCCGACGCAGAUCGCGCUCCCGCCCCACCAACCCGCCCGGCGCCGGCCCCGCGGCAGGUAAACGCGGCGCCGACCGUGAGUCCGGCCGCGCAGUGCCCGGAGCCGCGGCUCCGCUGUUCUCGGCGUGGCCGCGAGCUGGGUGGGCAUCAUCUCCCCUCUCGGCCCAUUUACCCUCCGAGGGGCUGAGGAGGGCUCGACAUGACGCCUGAAGGCACCCGGCACAGAGCCUGGCGGCCGUGCUCCACGCUGUCGUUCCCAGGGGAAGGUGGUACCCUCACAAUGUGGCUGUACCUGGCUGCCCUCGUGGGCCUGUACUACCUCCUGCGCUGGUACCGGGAGAGGCAGGUGGUGAGCAACCUCCGAGACAAGUACGUCUUCAUCACGGGCUGUGACUCAGGCUUUGGGAACCAGCUGGCCAGGCAGCUGGACUUGCGAGGCUUGAGGGUGCUGGGGGCAUGUCUGACGGAGAAGGGGGCGGAGCAGCUGAGAGACCGGACGUCAGACAGGCUGGAGACGGUGAUCCUGGAUGUUACCAAGACGGAGAGCAUUGCUGCAGCCACCCAGUGGGUGAAGGAGCGUGUGGGGGACAGAGGGCUCUGGGGCCUGGUCAACAACGCAGGCGUUGUUCACUCACCUGCCUACAGUGAGUGGCUGAACAUGGAGGUCUAUGUCAACGUCCUCAAAGUCAACCUCCUUGGUGUCAUUGAGGUGACCUUGAGCAUGCUUCCCUUGGUCAGGAAAGCCCAGGGGAGGAUUGUCAACGUCUCCAGCAUUCUGGGAAGAAUUGCUUUCUUCGGAGGUGUCUACUGCAGCUCCAAGUAUGGAGUAGAAGCCUUUUCGGAUGUUCUGAGGCGUGAGCUUCAACAUUUUGGAGUGAAAAUCAGCAUGGUUGAACCUGGCUUCUUCAGUACUGGAAUGACAAACGUGCAGGAGUCCUUGGAGAAACUGAAGCAAACCUGGGAAGAAGUCCCCACGCAUAUUAAGGAGAGCUAUGGACAGAAGCUUUUUGAUGCCUAUUACAAUCAAAUCAAACAAGGGCUGUUGGGUGCCAGCACGAACCUGAACCUGGUCACUGACUGCAUGGAGCACGCUCUGACGUCUGUGCACCCCCGCACUCGGUACUCAAGCGGCUGGGAUGCUCAGUUUUUCUUCAUCCCUCUAUCUUACUUACCUACAUCUCUGGCAGACUACAUCCUGACUAGGUCUUGGCCCAAACCAGCUCAGGCGGUCUGAAGAAAACUGGUCUGCUGGCUCCUGAAACAAAGAAGACAAACGUCUGAUAUUGAUUGUUAGCAUCUCAAUAAUCCUUAUUUAGAACUGCACAUUUUGUAAUAACAAGCUUUCUUGCCUAAACUUAUUUAUCUGGUGUCAUCAGGGAGCCAAGAUGGUUAUAUUCCAGAUAGCCAAAGCUUAUUCCUUUAGAGAUGACUCUUUCCUAUUUUAAUCAUCUUUUGAUGAUGGUAUUUCCAAAAUGCAUCAUUCUUCCUUGCCUUAUUAAACAGAACAGACUGAAAACAAUUUAACUUGUUUUGAUGUUAUUUCUUUAUGUAAAUGAAUAGCUCUUCUGUGCUGUGAUAAAUUAUUGCUCAGGGCCUGUUGAGAAAUAUCCUCACUUGAAAUGGAUCUGUACUGUGAUACUUUUAAUAAAUAUUUUCUUUUGUUUUCUCCUCUCUA